AAUACUCGGGCUAGGGUUUUCAUUACCGCUUGGGCCGAUGCUGAUCCCGGCCGGGCGCCGCCGCUGAUCCCGUCUCCACUCUCCUCAACUCCACCAAAACCACCAGGCCGAUGCUCCUCCGUUCUGGGCGGCGCCUGGCCGCCCAGGAAGAACCGGGGCGGACGGCCCCGCCGAGGAGGAGAAGCAGGGCAAGGUCGGACCGGCUCGCCGUCAUCCCCGAUGAGAUCCUGCAGCAGGAGAUCCUGCCCCGCCUCCCGGCCAAGUCCGUGCUCCGCUUCCGCGCCGUCUGCCGGUCCUGGCGCAGCCUCGCGUCCGACCCCGCCUUCCUCCUCGACCACCACCGCCGCCAGCCGGCGCUUCCCCUGAUCAGGUCCUGCCGGAUCUCCGGCCGCGGCCUCGAAUCCGGCCUCAACGCCAUCCACCUCCGGUCCGCCAAGCUCGGCCCCUCUUUGCAGUUCCCAUUCCGCGGCUCUUUCGGCGUCGCCGCCUCCUGCGACGGCCUUUUCGUCGUCGGCAGCUACAUCAUCUGCAAUCCGGCCACGCGCGAGUGGGCUGCCCUCCGGCAGGACAGGAAGCCCAUAGAGAAUCUCUUCGCCCUCUUCCAGCACCAACCUUCAGGGGAGAUCCGCGUCAUGUACUGGAAAAACAACUCCACAGAGUUGAUCUGUCGGCAGGAGUAUUACGUCCUCACGGUGGGAACCAACAAUUCAUGGCUCGUCGAUUGUCCGCUAACCGAGGUGUUGGCCGAGGAACCAUCCAUCUUUGGUGCGCCGGUCCUCCUCAAUGGCAGCCUGCACAUACACUGGAGGAGACGGUCAGGUCUUCGCUACCACAGGAUACGGGUGUUCGACACAGUGGCAGAGACGUCACGGCAGAUGACUCCGCCGCCUGUGAACCCCCGCCAUGUUAUGCACUUGCUUGACCUGGGUGGCAAGCUUGCUGCGUCCACCAGCAAGGAUGGCAUGACUGAGAUGUCCAUCUUUGCGCUUCAGGACCCUGAGCAUGAUGUCUGGGCAUUCCAGUACCGGAUCAAACUGCCGGUGAUGGAAAUCAGGCGCUUCCAGAAGCAAGGUGAUUGGUGGGCAAAGGUUGUCUCCGAGGAGGGGGACGUGCUUGUCAGCUGCUAUGGCCAUCUCCUGCAGUAUGACAAGAAGGGUAAUUUGGUAGCUAAGUUCAAGUAUGAUGAUGACAUGCCGGUGGUCAUUCCUCACAGGUUCAAAGAGAGUCUUAUCCAGCAUACAUUUUUCCAAAAGACAAAGAAGAAGAAUUGAUUCGUACCCUCUCCUGGAUAUCUGAUUUCGCGCCAUGUUAAAUCUAUGCGAUGCUGGAGUACCUCAAUUGGUGCACAUAUGUCUAUAGGAGAUGAGAAGGUUGAUCCGUAUGUUCACCUGCCCCAACUUGCUUGGGACAAAAGGCUUUGUUGUUGUUGUUGUCGUUGUCGUUCUUGUGGUUGUUCUUGUCA